ACUUCCUGUCUGACCGGGUCUACCGCAAUCCAGUCCGGAAGGCACUCAGUCCGGCUCUUCCCCGGCGCCGAGGUUUGUCUUACCCUGUGGGGGUGUCAGGGCGCAGGUCGCUAGCUUUCUGCCGCGGUCGCCUGUUAUUUUCCGGCCAGCGAUGGCGACCUACACCUGCAACACCUGCCGGGUGGUGCUGGUCGACGCGGAGGCGCAGCGGGCGCACUACAAGACGGACUGGCACCGCUACAACCUGAGGCGCAAAGUGGCCGGCAUGGCCCCGGUCAGCGCCGAGGGCUUCCAGGAGCGGGUGCGGGCGCAGCGGGCCCUGGCGGAGCCCGAGAGCAAGGGCGCGGCCACCUACUGCACGGUGUGCAGUAAGAAGUUUGCCUCCUUCAAGGCCUACGAAAACCACCUCAAGUCCCGGCGGCACGUGGAGCUGGAGAAGCAGGCGGUGAGCCGAAAAGUGGCGAUCCUGAAUGAGAAGAACUUGGAGAAAGGGCUGGGCGUGGACAGUGUGGACAAGGAUGCGGUGAACGCGGCCAUCCAGCAGGUCAUCAAGGCGCAGCCGUCCACGUCGCCCAAGAAGGCGGCCCCGGCGCUCGAGGCGGAGUUCCGGAGCCCGGUGUCGGUGGCUGCGGGAGGGCGUGGGGCUCACCAGCGGGACCCGGCCGAGAAGCCUCCGCGGCUGCAGUGGUUUGAACAGCAGGCGAGGAAGUUGGCGAAGCAGCAGGGGGAGGAGGAGAGUGAGGAGGAGCUGGAUGAUGGCGAUGACUGGGAGGAUAUUGAUUCUGAUGAGGAACUGGAGUGUGAGGAUGGUGAAGCCCUGGACCAGGAGGAGGAGCAGGAUGCAGAGGAGGAAGAGGCUGGAGGAAGCCUCCCGCUUGGUGCCAUCCCCAUAACGGACUGCUUAUUUUGUCCCCAUCAUUCAAGCUCCCUGGUGAAGAAUGUGGCUCAUAUGACUAAAGUCCACAGCUUCUUUCUUCCUGAUGUAGAGUAUCUGUCAGACCUUAAGGGACUGAUUAAAUAUUUGGGAGAGAAAGUUGGUGUUGGGAAGAUUUGCUUGUGGUGCAAUGAGAAAGGGAAGUCCUUCUACUCCACGGAAGCCGUGCAGGCUCACAUGCAUGACAGGAGCCAUUGUAAGCUCUUCACAGAUGGAGAUGCUCUUUUGGAAUUUGCAGACUUCUAUGAUUUUAGGAGUAGCUACCCGGAUCACAAGGAAGGGGAGGACCCUGAUGAGACUGAGGCACUGCCCUCAGAAAAGCCCUUGGGAUAUGAUGAUGACACCAUGGAGCUGAUCCUCCCUUCUGGUGCCAGAGUGGGUCAUCGCUCCUUGAUGAGAUACUACAAACAGCGGUUUGGCUUAUCCAGAGCUGUGGCGGUUGCCAGGAAUCAGAAGGCUGUGGGCCGGGUGCUCCAGCAGUACAGAGCCCUGGGCUGGACGGGCAGCACAGGAGCAGCUCUCGUGCGCCAGCGGGACAUGCAGUAUGUCCAGAGGAUGAAGUCGAAAUGGCUGCUGAAGAUGGGUGUGAAGAACAAUGCCACCAAGCAGAUGCACUUCAGGCCCCAAGUGAUGUUCUGAGUGGGCCGGGGACUGAGGCGCCAUCUGUGUCCCGCUCAAGCAUCGUCCUCGCCUGAGGACCGUGGAAGCGGGAUUGGGCAACAGCCCCUUUUGCUGCUGCGCUUGCUCUGUCCUGACCUGAUAAUAAAGUCAGAAUCAUA